AUCUAAGGAAUAAAAUAUAUUUCUAAAUAACAUUCGAAAAAGCUUAAAAUGCUAUAUCAAGAAGCGACUGUGUUUCUGUUAAUAAUUCAGAUCCGUAUCUUGCAAACAGUUUCACAUAUAGUUAAGUAUUUUUAAAGCAAAUUGUUUGUAUUCUAAUUUGAAUUAUUACGUUUGGAUUAAAAUUACAAUAGUUAUCCAUUAUAGAUUAAUAUAAGAGAUACAAAAGUUUUUGAAAUUGCACUGGAUGAUGCCAAUUACGAUGAGGAGAGCGAGAACGAAAUGAUUCAACCAGCGGAUCUUGCGGAUUUAAAACCUCUUGCAGAAGACGAAAGCAAAUACAAACCAUUACAUUCUCACAUAAAGUAUUAUAAUGAGCGCAAUGCCGAAAAUGAAAAACAGUAUUCAGAUAUAUUUCUACUGCAACCACACAUAAAAGAAAUAUUCAAUUUGGAACAAGAAAAUAAACCAUUUAUUGCUAAUUUUAAGCAUAAUUUGGAUAAGGUAUAUUUUGUUAAAAGAGGAAAAAGACAAAUGUUUUCUUUAAUAAAUCUAUGCUUUUAAUCCAGUAUUUCUCCAAAACUACGAAGCAGACUACCAAUGCAAUAUCAAUUAACACAAUUAAUUAUACUGAUUCUAAUAAGAACAAAAGAAGUGUGCAGAAUUAUGAAAGAUUACCAAAUUACAGAAAAUACAUAGCAAAUGUUGCCACAGGUACUAAUUAAUACGUAAGAUAAAUUACAUCAUACGUUAUUAAUAAAUGAAGAGGGAAGAAAUAAAUAUUAUUCCAUUGCUAAACAAAUAGACAAAAUUGUUAAAAGUGUUAGAGUAAAACGUAAAGAGAUAAAUAAUUAUUAUGGCACAACACUGAACGAAGAGAUGGAUUUUUUCCAAGUAAUAAGAGAUAGGAAUAUUAUGACUGGCGAGACAGACACAACGGAAUAUUUUGCGAAAACACAAGAAACAUAUACACAAUAUGACUUGUACAAAUAUGACCAAGAAACUGCAAAUAAUGAUACAAAAACUAUUCUGAAACAGUCUUCAAUCUCGGAAGAAAAAUCUACUCUUGAUAAUGAGAGUUCUUACGAAGAAGCAUACGAUUACAAGAGAUUCAAAAUGGAAUACGAACAGCAGAUGCAGGAUGACAUAAAGCAAGAAAAAAUACUGAACUAUACCGAGAAGGAAGAACCGAAGGAUACGGCAAAAGGAGCACUGAAAAGAAUAAUGGAUUUGAAACGACCCAAGAAUUGUACGAAAGAAGAGCUGAGCCAAAUUGGAAUUAAAGCAAUAGAAUGCCUUUUAUACGAUUAUCAACGUGCAAAAGACAUAACAACUGCGAAGAUGGUUCUUUCGAGGACGUGGUUGGUUCUCCGAGUUUGGUUAUUAAUUUAUAUUUGUUUGGCAAUCCCCUGUUGGUGUCAAAGAGGAUGGUGUUGCUGUUGUUUUCGCUGUAGAUUUUGUUUUCCGCGAAAAAGAAUUAUACUUAUUAAACAAUAUUAUGCAAUGAAUCCACCUGGCAUUUUUGUGAAGGAUUUAAAAAAAGAGAAAGACAUGAAAGAGCCUAUUAAAUAUGAAGUUACUGAAUAUGAACAUGACGCAUACAAGGACCUUGAAACUGCUAUAAGAAAUAUAUGAAUAUUAACGUGUUCGUCUCUGCUACCGCAUACAAUUUAGGACAAAUCUAAUUCAGAUAUCCAUUGACUCAUAUGUUAGAAUUUUUUUAUAAAAAAGUAAAAACAUUUCUCUGGAUAUACAAGUGAGAAAUACGUUUAUAUUUCCGAAUGAAUAUGUUAUUUAAUAAUCGUUAAUUAUAAUUAUUUUAAUCAUGUCAUAAUUUUUAUUAGUAAUUUCAUGUGACUUUUUCAUGUUAGGUAUAUUAACUAUUAAAACGUUUGUUCAACCUAGAUCUAAUCUGAUGUAUUAAAAAAAAGAUAUAAAAAUUAUAUGAUAUGCAUUGUUUGCAUAAAGUAACAUUA